CGAGGAAGAGGACAGGAAUAGGAGGGGAAGCAUCCGCGGAAAAGGUCCGAUGGUGGUCUACGUCGUACACGCGCGGAGGGAGAGGCAGGGGGGUUGGAGAGGCGGCGAGACAUCUGCAGGCCUUCGAGGAGGCGCCAUGAGCGGCAAGCGCCUCCUCCGCCUGGCCAACCGCGCCGUCGCGACAGCCGCCGGCCCGGCCGCCCCGAACUUCUCCGGCGGCCGCUCCCUGUCGCGCGUCGGGGGCCGCCCGCUGCGCGCCACCUCGCCGCCUCCCCCCUCCCCCGUCGCCCCCGCCGCGUGCUGGGAGCCCCGCACGCUGCGCCGCGACGGCGAUGGGGAAUGGGAAGAGGUCGUCGCCGCGGAGGCGGAUGAUGCGGCGCCGGACGCCCGGGAGGAGGCGACGGGCGAGUACGGAGUGGUGUUCGGGGACCUGCCCACCGAUGACGAGGUCCGCGCCGCCGUCGCCAGCAUCCAGCAUGUGUUUGAGAAUCCUUCUGCUGUGGAUUCUGAUGGGUUUGAGUUGCAAGCGCUUGCUUUGCCCAUCUCAGGGCAACCUUUGUCUGGGAUAUUCGUGAAUCAUUUUGCUCUGGAUUCUGAUCCAUCGGAGAACGGAUUAGAGGAAUGGAUUGAACCAGCUACUCUUGUUCUUAACUCAGCUGCUCUUUUGACAAAGGAGCAUCGAAAUGUGCUGGAUGCAUUCCAUCUUCUGCAAGUAGAUUCUUCUGUUCAGAAAAUGGUUAUGGCCUUGUCAACUGAUAAGGCUGUAUGGGAUGCUGUGAUGAACAAUGAGGUGGUACAAGAAUUCAAGAGAUCCUUCCAGGAUGCUAAGGAAACUGAUCUCAAGGGAAGUUCUGCUCCUCCUCCUGGAGUGAUGAAGUGGGUCCUGGAAAACACCCAGGCAAAAAUCAUUGAAUUCCUUGAGAAGAUACUUAGGCUGGUGAACACGCUCUUCCAAUCUGAGGAAAAUAACUACGACUUGUAUGAUGAUGCAGUGAGAAUGUCCUUCAUGCUCUCAGUGUUCGUCUUCAUUGUGGUAACUAUAGCUCGUAUACGCUGAGCACAACAAUUCGUCGACUUCAACAUUAUGCUGGUUUCUUAGCUGUGCACAGGAUCAGUUCUAGGAUUAAUCCUUUUCGUAUGGUUAGCCAUGAUCAAUGCCAGUGUCAGUCUUAGUUGUCAGGUCCAGAACUUGAAUGCUUAAAUUGCCAAGGUGUCAUUAUUCUUAGUGGAAACUCUAUAUGUUCACCGUGUCGGAUUAUGUUGUAAACAUCACCGUUUAAUAUCAUCUGCAGUGUGCUUCUUGAACAUGAGUGCAGUGACACAAAAUUCAACAAGUGCUAUGAAUCCUUGUUGUAUAAGAAAAGGACCGAGCUUUACAUUUUUCA